ACUGAUAAAUGGACAACAACACUGUGAGCAUUAAGCAAGAAGCACCACCGCCUCUUCCUCCACGGAUCUACGAGAUACCGGGAGAGCCUGCGGUUGUUAUCAACGGUGUCCCUGAUGAGCCUCAAACAGAUUCCAUGAUUGCCAAAGACGAACCAAAACCAUCUAGUGCCGCUGCUGUAGGAUGCGGCGAAUGGCUUGAAGGCAGAGAAGUUCGCAAGUUUUUCUUGGGUCAGUACUAUUCAGGUACGGUGACAAAGUUCGACAAAGGUACUGGUUGGUACAUGGUCGAGUAUGAAGAUGGGGAUUCUGAAGAGCUUGGCUGGUCUGAGCUAGAAGAAGUGCUUCUACCUAUGGAUGUUACUGUACCACUGAGAUCAAUCUCCUUAUGGGUCAUCAAGAAUCGUCAGACUCAGGCCCAAGCUUAUGGAUGCAUGGUGAAACACUAAUGGGUCUUGCUUACUGUGCAGAGUGAAUAUGGUGAAGCACGACGAGAAGAGGUUAC